AUGGGCCUCGUCCUUUUCAUCGCCAACAAGCGCUACUCCAGCUGGUCCAUGAGACCCUGGGUGCUCCUCAAGGCCCUCGGCAUCCCCUUUGAGGAACGGCUGCAGACCUUCACCGCCGGCCUCCGCCAGCCCGCAUUCCUCUCCUUCUCGCCCACCGGCAAGGUCCCGACCCUGCUCGACGGCGACGUCACCGUCUGGGACUCCCUCGCCAUCGUCGAGUACAUCGCCGAGGCCCACCCGGCCGCCUGGCCCCGCGACCCCGCCGCCCGCGCCUUCGCCCGCUGCGCCGCCGCCGAAAUGCACGCCGGCUUUGACGCCAUCCGCGACCAGUGCUCCAUGAACGUCGCCCUGCGCAUCGACCUCGGCGGGCCUCCCAACGCCGCCCUGCAGCGCGACCUCGAUCGACUGGACCAGCUGUGGACCGACGGCCUGACGCGGUUUGGCGGUCCGUUCCUGGCGGGCGGCGAGUUCACCGCCGCCGACGCCUUCUUCGCGCCCGUUGCGACGCGGAUCCAGACGUUUGGGCUGAAGGUGUCGGAGCCAGCCAUGGCGUAUGUGCAGACGCUGUUGGAGCACCCUGCUGUCAGCCAGUGGAUCAAGGACGGCAUUGCCGAAACCGCACGGGAGCCGUAUCAUGAGGCAGAUGUUGUGCGAGGGCGCAAGGUUCUAAAGGACUUGUCUCCGACCCAAUGA